AUGUUGUUCUGCAGCUAUUUAUUCUAUUUCAUUCUAUUAUAUAAAAUAGUUGCGUUUUCUCAAAUUAAUCCUGAUCUCAUCGAUUGGAUAAAUGACAAUGAAAUUAAUAUUGUUCUACAAUAUGAUUGUCUUCAUGUUGCUGCUUGGAUUGAAGAAGAAAAUGAUCCUUAUCAGAUCAUUUCUUAUUGUAUGAGUGAAUGGCCAUCAAAAUGGAAUAUUCGAAUAAAUAAUCAAGAUCAAAACUUUACUUUUGCUGAACUCUAG